UUGAAUGACGAAACAGUUAUGAUGCAGUUUUGGACUAUCUUCUGGCUUAACACCAUUUUGGGUUGUGCACUAACUACGGAUGUUAUCCAACCAGACUCUGUGAUAGUUACACGUGUAGGACGUAGUGUUUCUCUCACUUGCUUUUGUCCAUCUAAUAUGAUGAACAGUGUUCUUUGGUUUAAACAAACUGUCGGACAGAAGCCUCUUCUCAUGGCUUCAUCAUCUCAUUACUCCCAAGAGACGUUUUACUUCAACAACUUUACCAAGGACUUUAGUGGGACUAAACGUUUAAGUGUGAUGCGAGGAGAGAACAGCUUUAACCUGACCAUCUCCAAGACUGAACCAGGGGACUCAGCUACAUUCUACUGUGGUGCUUUGUACAUCAACAGAAUAACAUUUGCGUCAGGAACUGUCCUAAUUGUCAAAGGUUCAGAAUCCAAAAGCAAGUCUGUGCUUCAGCAACCGGUUUCUGAGUCAGUUCAGCCAGGAGACUCUGUGACUCUAAACUGUACAAUAAACACUGGGACCUGUGAAGGAGAACACAGUGUCUAUUGGUUCAGACAUGACUCAGGAGAAUCUCCUCCAGGAAUCAUUUAUACCAAUGGAGACAGGAGUGGUCAGUGUAUGAAGAGCCCUGAGUCUUGGUCUCCUACACAGAGCUGUGUCUACAACCUCCCCAAGAGGAACCUCAGCCUCUCUGAUACUGGGACUUACUACUGUGCUGUGGCUUCAUGUGGAGAGAUACUGUUUGGGAAUGGAACCAAGCUCGACAUUCAAGACCCAUUGGGCAAUCAGGUUAAUUCUCUACUCUUCAUCGUUAUUUCUUUCCUGACAACUGCUGUGAUUCUGAGUGUGAUUAUCAACGUUAUAUUCUGUAUGAGAAUGAAGAGGUCACAAUGUGAACACUGUGCAGGUACAGUAGAUUAUAUUCUGUAUGAGAAUGAAGAGGUCACAAUGUGAACACUGUGCAGGUACAGUAGAUUAUAUUCUG